CACUGCUGGGCUGCCCUGGUGGGCAGCACUGGUGGGUGGGCACAGGUGGGUGGCACUGGUGGGCACAGGUGGGGUGGGCACUGGUGGGCACAGGUAGGUGGCACUUCUGGGCAUAGGUGUGUGACACUGCAGAGUGGCACAGGUGGGUGCACUGCUGGGCACAGGUGGGUGCACUGCUGGGCACAGGUGGGCGGAGCUAGUGGGCGCACUGCUGGGCACAGGUGGGCGGAACUUGUGGGUGGCACUGCUGGGCACCGAUCAUCAGGGCACUGAUCAUCACGUGUUAUUGGACACUGCUGAUCACGUGGUA